AUGCCUCAAGGUUCUGCUAGAAGCAACGGUAAAGGUGUUGAGUCCGACGCUGCUACAGCCAUCGAAUCGAAUCAUGCAACUACCAAUGCCUCUCCUACCCGACAAUCAACGCCUCUACCGGAUUGCAGCUUCGACGAAGAUGUUGCCAAGAAUUACGUCGAUAUACUUCGAAAGAUGAUGGAAUAUGCCAGCAAAGCGGCAGAUCUCCGAAAGUGUUGGGAGUCAGACGAACUCAUCGAUCCAAAAACCAUUCCACUCGGCGAUGAUAAGGGGAAGCGUAUUGCAAAUUUAAUAGUAGAACAAAUCAGACUCACUCCGAACCCGAGGCUCGAAGAAUUCGCUCGGUGCCAUUGGUACGAAGUCAGAGCAGCGCAUAAAAAGCUUGGUUCACAUCCAGAGCAACCACAUCUGCGCUCAACAUCAUAUGCAUUCUCCACUAGAAUAGAACGGUCUUAUUGCAAAAAGAUGUUCAAGGGCAAACGUCGACUUGUGACAUAUUUCUCAACGACAACGAUUGGUCCAAAAUGUGGUUUUGACCAAGUUUCAGUGUCAAGUAUGGAUGAUACGUCUCAGGCUCUAAAUGUGACCAAUGCCGAUCCUCAGCACGUUGAUCGAAAAUUGCUCAAAAAUACCACGACCAGUCGCACACGGGUCGCCUCAAGUUUCCAAAAUUUCGAAAUGGCGGAUCUUGAAGGUUCAACCACUCAAGGAAAAUCAAAUUCUGUCAUGCCGUAUCUGAUACCAGCGAAACGGGGGAUUUCAGUCCCAACAACCCCCACAGCUGCAAGGCAUAUGGAUCGAAUACGUCGAGGGUGGCGUACUUCGAGGCCACUUGAUUCAUCGGGUCUCGGGAAGAUACCAGUCUCACAGGACGGGUCCAAUAAUAAGAUGUGGGCAAAUCACGACAACAGCCUUGGAGGAGGUCAAUGUCUGCGGAAGCAAUUGAACACAACUCAUCUGGAAGAUGGUGAAAGAUCUGAUUUCGAGGGCAUGUCUCGCGCGAGACAGAGGGAGUGGUUAGAGGACGAUCAGCGCGGCCAUCAAUUCGUGGAACAUGAUGGCCAGCGAAAUUUGAAGAAACAACCUGCGCAGGGGAACGGUCCAGUCGGGAAAAUGAGGAUGAAGCAUCGGCUUCUGAGCUGGCUACGGAGAAAGAAGAAUUGA